CGAAUGAUCGCUCUCGCUAUAAAUAGACGGACUGAUACAUACAUUGGUAGGUAGAUGCGGUCAGCAUGUCUCAGCAGUAUACGUUUUGAAUUGCUACCGUGACGUCCUGUGAAAGAGGCAGAGCAGUCGAAGCAGAACUUGCGCUUCGUUAUUGCUGCUCCUGCAGGGAGCUCGUAGGAACGAGCUAGGAGAAUCGGAAUCAAACUAUCAUCGAGAUUGGUUGGAACUCGACCAUCUCGAUUGGCUGGUUGAGCGGAGAAAGGGGGCAGUGGUUGUCGUCGAGCGCACGCACCGAUAUCCUGGGAGCCAUGGGUGUCGAGAAGCAGGUCUUGAGAGAAGGAUGGGGUCCGACUCCCCAUCAGGGACAGAGAGUGACUGUACAUUGUACGGGAUAUGGAAGGAACCGAGACUUGUCGGCGAAAUUCUGGAGCACAAAGGACCCGGGACAAAAGCCUUUCGAGUUCAAGGUGGGCCUUGGUGAAGUGAUUAAGGGCUGGGAUGAAGGGGUAGUUACCAUGAAAGUUGGAGAGGUUGCGCGUCUUACGUGCUCUCCCGAUUACGGGUACGGUGUUCGGGGCUUCCCAGCAUGGGGAAUAAUGCCAAACUCAGUGCUCGCAUUCGAGAUUGAGGUCCUUUCUGUGGCGGGGUGAGCAGCACAGCGGAAGUGUUGACACGGUCACAUGCAGUAGAAAGACUUCAUGUUUGGGGUGGGGCAAUUCCUCCUGCCUACACCAGAUCCCGCGUUAGCAGAGGUGGCACUGCAGAAAGGGUUAAGCAAGUGGUACUGUGAUGUGCUUGCUGCCAAUGAAGGCCAAAUAAUGCCCUCCCGAGUGUAGCAUGGGAUGGUGCUUUGGUGACCAAUGGAUGGACCCAUAAGAGUAGCAAAGACAUUCUGCUAUUGCUUUACGCCGUUUACGGGCAUCUGACACUACCUGCUCGAUUUGUCUCAUCUUGAAGAGGAAGGUCCUCACCCAUAGGCUUUCUCAAUGGUGCCAAUCAUCAAGUUGAUGGUGUCGGUUAGCCGCGCAUUGUUUUGUCAGAGGGUGUGAGACCCUUUCUCCCUUGUCGACUCUUCGUCUCUUCUUGAGAUUCUCGUAUCCAUUGAGAUGGUGGUGAUCCCCUCACACAUGCAGCCAGACUCAGAUGUAACAGUACGGCGGCAGCCAGCUUGAUGGAACGCUUGGGGGACUGCCGGCUCAAUUGAGCAGUACGUCGGCCGCCGGCUUGAGUCACUGGAGGAGAAUUGUUUUGUGUUUUUUUUUUGACCAGUUUUGUGUAUGCCGACUCGUGUUUGGGCGAUGCAUAGGGUGAAGGGUACCUCUUCCCUGUUUCCAAAUGCGCAACGAUUGCUGCUCAUCGUGGGAAGGACGAGCCCUUUUACAUUGGCGAAGGUGGUGCCGGUAUCAGGGGCUGGGCUGCAUGAUCUGACAAGUGUUGGGGUGUGCAGUAUUGGGACCCUGAACGUGGUAAGGCAAGGUCCUUCUGAGAGUAACUUAGUCUCUAAGAUAGUUGCGUCGUCACAGUGCUAUGGUGAAUAGGUACUAAGUCGUGAACUCUUCACUCUCGAGGAGCAGCAAUGUGCAUACGGAGUGCAUCUCUAACUCUAAGAAGCAGCGGAGACUUUAGCCUCCGUAGUGGAUUAGCGGUCAGCUAGGAACAGGAUAAGCCGAAUCGUACGCGUACAACGAGAAGGUUACGUCACUUUACUCGUAAUCGCAAUCCGGGGAUGCACGUUAGUGCCGGAAAAGUUAAAAUUAGUGCGUCAGGAUGUGGUGAAAGGGCAUUGAAUAGUGGACCCUCCACUCACGAGCGGCAGUCCGCGUACAGAGUGCAUCUCUAAGAAGCAGCCGAGGCAUCGAGUCUUUGAGACCACCAUGAUGCAUUGGCAGUCAGUUGAGAGCCUUCACGGUUAGGGGUAGCGAAGGUGUACCAGAUAGCGUAGGCUUCUUGAGAGUAGGUAGCAGUAGUUACGGUGUGGUUUCUUAUUCGCGAGGCUGUUGUAGUUUUGAGGAGGAUGUCUUCGGUCGUCGGUGAACUUCUCCCCUUGUUGUUGGCAUAGGAGCAUGUCGCCACUGUUGUCGCCGCUCUUGUCCUUCGUGGUUGGGAAGCAGCGCUUUCGAGGAGUAUGUUCUCUAAUUGUCAGCGCCCCACCCUUUCUGGGAUAGAGGAGUGUAUGGGUUGUGGGGGAGGGCCUGGGCCUGCGUGUAUGUCCGAUCCAAGAAUUGAACACAAAACCUAUAGCUUGCCAGGCAGAUACCUAACCAAUCGGCUAAAGUGGGGCUGGGGUAAGCCCUGAUGCACUAUCUUAUUGGGCAAGGCUUGGUUCCUUCAUCUGGUCAUCGGCUCGGUCAUAAACCCCCCAAGGAUCAUAAGAGGGGUCGAUGCGAUAGCAGCACGUUGUGCUGUUCCCAAACCACGCACGUUAUUUCGCUUGUCUUCUGUGAGCACUUGGGCUCUCUUUUGGGCAUUUUUGUUAAACGACAUGCAUGCAUGGAGGAUGAUGGGCAUUUAUGCAAUGCAUGUAUGGAGCCAAGGGUAACUUGAUAAAACAUAUGCAUGCAUGGAGCCAUGGGGCAAUUUUGAUAAAAGAUAUCCAUGCAUGGAGCCGUGAGGCAAAUUUGAGAAA